AUGUAUCUGUGUGUUUCUCUGUCUUUAUCUAUCAUUGUGCCUAUCUAUCUAUCUAUCUAUCUAUCUAUAUUUGUGCCUAUCUAUCUAUCUAUCUAUCUAUCUAUAUUUGUGCCUAUCUAUCUAUCUAUCUAUCUAUCUAUAUUUGUAUUAAUCUAUCUAUCUAUCUAUCUAUUUGUGCCUAUCUAUCUAUCUAUAUGUGUUUAUCUAUAUUUGUGCCUAUCUAUCUAUAUGUGUGUCUAUUUUCUAUCUAUGCGUCUAUCUAUCUGUGUGUCUAUCUGUCUAUCUAUCUAUCUGUGUGUCUAUCUAUCUAUCUAUCUAUAUGUGUGUCUAUCUAUCUAUCUAUAUGUGUGUAUCUAUCUAUCUAUAUUUAUGCCUAUCUAUCUAUCUAUAUGUGUUUAUCUAUAUUUGUGCCUAUCUAUCUAUAUGUGUGUCUAUUUUCUAUCUAUGUGUCUAUCUAUCUGUGUGUCUAUCUGUCUAUCUAUCUGUGUGUCUAUCUAUAUGUGUGUAUCUCAGUAUAGUCAUAUCUAUCUACCUAUAUAUCUAUCUGUGUGCCUAUCUAUCUAUCUAUCUAUGUGCUUAUGUGUCUUCCUAUCUAUGUAUCUUUGUGCAUAUCUAUGUGGUUAUCUAUAUAUCUAUCUAUGUUCAUUAUGUAUCUCUGCUCAUCUAUCUAUCGAUCUAUCUUUGUGCAUAUCUAUCUAUCUAUCUAUCUAUCUAUCUAUGAGCCUGUCUUCCUAUCUAUGUAUCUUUGUGCAUAUCUAUCUAUCUCAAUCUGUUCAUUAUCUAUCUAUCUAUCUAUCUAUCUAUCUAUCUAUGUGGUUAUCUGUUUAUCUAUCUGUCUAUCUAUCUUUGUGUCUAUCUGUCUAUCAAAUCGGUGCGCUUUCGAUCAGGCGUCAGGAGACAUGA